GCAGAUGAAGCCCUUUCAACGGAGCCAAGCAGUGCGAGCGUCCAAACGAAGGCUCCUCUGCUGCUCUGAAGCCACGGAAAGGGGGCGAUGACCCGAGAACAGCAAGGUGAUUAGUGGGCAGGACAGGCCACCUUUCUGUCCGUGGCCCUGGUCUUACUGCUGCCAGGCCCGCUGAUGGAGCUGCUGCAGUGUGAGGAGCGCCUGCGCACGCCAGAUGGGUUUAUUCUGAACCAGUGACUGCAAAAAAGAUCUAUUUUGCAGUGCGCAAAACUAUCGUACGGCUCUCUUAGAGAAUUGAUUUGUUUUUUUAUUACUGCAACCUUCUAAUAGCUGCAGGUAGCCUACAGUAAAUGCGUUGCAUGCAGACUCUACGCUCCGCCCGAGUCAGCACAUGACGCUACAAGAUCAUUCUAGGAUUUAGUUUCCACCCGUUUUGGUGUGAAGGAGGGCUCGAGGCUGCGCCCGCCCUCUCAGCACCCAGUCUGCGCUUGCCCUUCUCGAUGCAAGAAGGUAAAUGAGAGGCGGAAUUGAUCAUCACGGAGAUCUUCGGUACUGAGGGGGGAUUAUGAUGUAAACCCGCAGCUCCUCGCUUACUUCCAACGAAGCGGGUCCGUGCGUCGGUGCUGUACUGAAGUGGCUCUGUCGCACAGACAGAGAAGUUGGAAGCUGGGUUCGAGCAACCGUGAAGUUUGGCGGAUCUCACGAUGCCAGCGGCGGAUGGAGAGCCGGGCGCAGGCAGAGGCGCGACGCCCUCGACAGCCCCGGCCCCCCCGUGCCAAACCCCCGCCGAACGCGCCGUGGGCGCGCUCUGGUCGUUCGGAAAAUGCCUGGGUGCCCUCCUGCCCGUCUACCUGGCCGGGUAUUUCGGCUUCAGCAUCUGCUUCGUGCUGAUCGGGCUGCUGAUCUACACGAGAUGGAAACAGGGUCGACAGGAGAAACUGACGAGGCUCCAGUCUGCCAUGUACCUCCAGGACAACGAGAGGGAAUUCACCACGGAGAGGGUCUUCAGGUCCAAGAGGGAUUUACCUCCCUGGGUCAACUUUCCAGACGUGGAAAAAGUGGAGUGGCUGAAUAAGAUCCUCCAACAGGCCUGGCCCUUCGUGGGUCAGUAUGUGGAGAAGCUGCUGGUGGAAACGAUUGCUCCCGCCAUCCGAGCUUCUAACAUUUACCUGCAGACUCUCAGCUUCACCAAGGUCAACCUCGGGGAGAAGGCUGUGAAGGUGGUGGGCGUAAAGGCUCACACGGAGCACGACAAGAGACAAGUCAUGCUGGAUUUGUACCUGAGCUACACCGGCGACGUUGAGAUAAACGUAGAAAUCAAGAAGUACUUCUGCAAAGCUGGAGUGAAAGGAGUCCAGCUUCACGGGAAGCUGCGCGUGAUCCUCGAGCCCCUGAUUGGAGACGUGCCUCUGGUUGGAGCCAUUACGAUGUUCUUCAUUCGCAGACCUAAACUGGACAUCAACUGGACGGGACUUACUAAUCUGUUGGACAUCCCUGGACUGAAUGCAAUGUCGGACACUAUGAUAAUGGAUGCAAUAGCCUCCUACCUGGUGCUGCCCAAUCGCCUCACUGUCCCCCUGGUGGCUGACCUGCACGUGGCGCAGCUCCGCUCCCCUCUCCCAAGGGGAGUGGUUCGUAUCCACCUGCUGGAGGCCGAGGACCUGACUGCAAAGGAUACGGUCAUCAGAGGUCUGAUUGAUGGGAAGUCGGACCCUUACGCUGUGCUGCGUGUUGGAACUCAGAUCUUCACCUCUCAUCACGUGGAUAGCAACCUGAACCCGCAGUGGAGGGAGAUGUUUGAGGUGAUUGUCCAUGAAGUACCUGGUCAGGAGUUGGAGGUGGAAGUGUUUGACAAAGACCCAGACCAGGAUGACUUCCUGGGGAGAGUCAAGGUAGAUCUUGAUAUUGUGAAGAAGGCCCGAAUUGUUGAUGAUUGGUUCAAUCUUACGGACGUCUCAUCUGGUAGCGUUCAUCUGCGGCUGGAGUGGCUCUCUCUGCUGUCCUCUGCUGACAGACUGAGUGAGGUGAUUGAAAAGAACCAGAACUUGACCACAAAGACCGCUGAUCCCCCAUCUGCUGCCAUUCUGGCCAUCUAUCUCGACCAGGCUUAUGAUCUGCCUAUGAGGAAAGGUAACAAGGACCCAAGCCCAAUGGUUCAGAUUUCUAUUCAAGAUUUAACCAAAGAGAGCAAGACUUGCUAUGGGAGUAACAGCCCUGUGUGGGAAGAGGCUUUCACCUUCUUCAUUCAAGAUCCUCGCAAACAAGAUAUUGACAUUCAAGUGAAGGAUGAUGACCGCGCUCUGCCUUUGGGCAGCCUGACGAUCCCUCUGAACCGUCUUUUGGAGGCCUCGGAGCUUACCUUGGAUCAGUGGUUUCAGCUGGAGAAUUCAGGCUCUGCAAGCCGCAUCUAUGCCAAAUUUGUGCUUAGGGUUUUGUGGCUUAGUGAUGACACCACUCCUACAACUCCGUCUCCUCGCCCCUCCACCUCUGGGUCUGGGACAGGCCAGGGAGGGAUCACAUCAGACCUUGAGCUUACAGGGUCGGCUGGCUCAAACAAGCCUCAGUCGACAUGGCCAGAGCACACCACGCCCGAUCCGGAGUUUGCAACCGAGGGAGUGCUGCGAAUCCAUCUGAUGGAGGCCCAAAACCUGAUUGCAAAAGACAACUUCAUGGGGGGUAUGGUGAAGGGGAAGAGCGACCCCUAUGUCAAGAUUCGAGUGGCUGGUAUAACCUUCCGCAGCCACACCAUCAAAGAGAACCUCAAUCCUGUCUGGAAUGAACUCUACGAGGUGAUUUUGACCCAGCUCCCGGGUCAAGAGAUCCAGUUUGAGCUGUUUGAUAAGGACAUUGAUCAGGAUGACUUUCUCGGAAGGUUCAAGCUCAACCUGAGGGACAUCAUCAGUGCACAGUUUAUUGAUACGUGGUACACUCUAAAUGAUGUGAAGUCCGGUCGAGUUCACUUGGUGCUGGAGUGGCUACCCAAAGUCUCAGACCUGUUCAGACUGGAGCAGGUCUUGCAGUAUCAGUCCCAACAGAUAUACCAAAACAAGGUUGUGCCGUCUGCAGCCGUGCUGUUUCUGUAUGUGGAGCGUGCCCAUGGCCUGCAACUGAAGAAGAAUGGAAAGGAGCCAAAGGCUGGAGCUGAGAUAAUACACAACAAUGUGUCGUACAAAACCAAGAUCUGUGAGCGAUCCACUUCUCCUCGGUGGGAUGAAGCCUUUCAUUUUUUGGUUCGUGACCCCAGAGAUGAAACCCUCACAGUCAAGCUCUCCCACAGCUGGGGUCAGGCUUUGGGCUCCUUGGCACUUCCUCUGAGGGAGGUUCUGGCUGAGCCGGGGCUGGUGCUGGACCGCUGGAUCAGUUUGGAUGGAGCUCUGCCAGAGAGCCAGAUACUGCUGAAGGUCAUGCUCAAGAUUCUGGAUACCCAGCUGGCGGUGUGUCGUGGCACUCCAGUCGGAGCAGGUAGCGAUGGGGAAGCCAUCCCGAAAUGGGAUCCGUCCCAUCUAGACCUCAAGCCCAGAAGUAUAUUCUCCAUUGGCAGUGAAAAUACAAACUCAUCUGGCCAAGUGAAGCUUACCAUUGGUUACUCCACAGAUGAACACAGGCUUUUCAUCAUCGUUCACUCCUGCAGAACCCUGGCAGCCUGCUCCAAGGAUGGUGCUGAUCCAUACGUUUCCUUUAUCCUACUGCCCGACAAGAAGGCCACCACAAAGAGGAGAACAACUAUCAAGAAGAGGGAGCUCAACCCGGAAUUCAAUGAGAGAUUUGAUUUUGAUUUCUCUCUGGAAGAGUCCUCCCAGAGAAGACUGGACCUGUCUGUGAAGAACAGCGUCUCCUUCAUGAGCAGAGAAAGGGAGCUUAUCGGCAAGUUGCAGGUGGAUUUGGACCAAAUUGACCUCAAGGCCUGUGUCCCACAAUGGUAUGAUUUGGUUGCAGAGACCAACUAGACGCCUGAUCUUUGGCUCUAUAUGACACGAGUGCUGCUUUGCUUCCGUGACCUGUGAUACAUGCGUGUGUAUAUUCAGCUUCAAUAAUAAUGUCCACAAUCACCGAAGAAGAAAAACAAAGAUCUCUUUGAAAAUGGAGAUCAUGGGUAUUCAUGAGAAAAAUACUUUACGUGUAGCUAAUCAUUCGUAAAGUGUUAACUGUGUCGAUUCCGUACUGUUUUGGACAUAUUUGGCUGAAUGGAUAGUUUACAUUAGUGCAGCUGUGUUGCACGACAAAUAAAAGUUAUAUAUGUUCAAGCAUGUAAAAGUCCUCUUCUGAUUUUAUUUUAAAUGAGGACUUAUGCCAAGAUCAGUAGGUAUUGCUGUGUUUUAGGGUUUUACGACAUCCAACACAAAAGAAAAAGACUUCCUUUGAAUUUAAUUUUUUACAGACUCAAGAAUAUAAAAUAUUAUUCUGUUCGAUAUGUUUCUAUCAUUGCCUUAAGUGUUACAAUACUGCACAAUUUGCCAGUGUUUAUAGACUGUGUUCCAGAUGAAGUUUUAUAUGUUAUUGAUUUUACUUUUAUAAAUCGAAGUCUUAGAAAACCUUUCGACCCUCACUGAAACCACAGGUUUCAGGGACACUGUCAGCAGAGUCUAUAUCACUGUGAAAACAAGACUUUGUCAUUUCCAUGUCGCUGCUCUGUAGAUGCCAAGGCCUCUCUGUGAUUUUAAGUGUUUGUUUGGUCAAAAAGCUCCAGUCAUGUCUAUAUUUUUUCAAGCAGAACAGUAAAAAUCUUAUGACCGAAAUGUGUUCCCUGCUGUCACUUUUGGACAGAGACGUGUAGUAACUCACGGUGUGCUUUGGCUUGAAACAUAUCACUGUGCAUCUGCUGAAGUUGUGAUUAAAGUUUU